CCGGACCGACCGGCAGAUCGUGUCGAAACGCAAAGCCGCGCGCACGUUUUAAAAAUAAAAUUCGGAACGCGACCUCUUCGGUCGUUGCGCGGGAAAAAGUUUUCAACUAAUCUGUGGUGAAUGAAAAAUCAAACAUGGAGGGCUGCGGGAUGAAAUGCAUAAAAUAUCUGCUGGUGGUUUUCAAUGGAUUGUUUUUGAUCUUCGGCAUCGUGAUCAUAGCGACAGCAUGCGUGGACCUGACCAUGAUCAAGGACUUCGCGGGGCAGGACAUGACAGGCCACGAGACCGACGCGUUGCUGAUCGCUAUCGGGGUGCUGAUCAUCGUCAUCGCUGCAUUCGGGUGUUUCGGUGCUUGGAAGGAGAGCCCUAAGCUGCUGUAUAUCUUCGCUGGAUGUCUGAUAAUCAUCAUCCUCCUGGAGCUGUCAGUGGGUAUAGCAGCAGCGGCUCUGCGUCCCCAAAUCGAAGGCUCCAUGAAGAAGCAGCUGAGGGCCUCCUUCAUCAAGAACAAGUCGAUCAGGGAGGAGGAUUCUUACUACAGAACCUUCUGGGACCGCAUUCAGAGCAACAUGGAAUGCUGCGGCAUCAACGGCCCCGACAACUACGGCGCUCAAGAGCCCCGCGUCAACCCUCCCUACAGCUGCUGCCCUCCCGACUCGUCCGACCGCGCUGAGGAGAUCAAACGCUCCGACUGCCUCUCUGGAAGCAACUACUACAAGGAGGGGUGUGAGGACAAAGUGCUGACCACCAUCCAUAGCGCGGGGUUGACUGUGAUCGUCUGCGGCAUUCUCUUCUGCUUCUUGGAGGUCGCCGGUAUCGUGCUAGCUCUAUGGCUGGCCCACGCCAUCAAGACGCAAGGCAAGAGUCGAGAGACAGCCUAGACGCACCAACUCCACCAUUCUGCACUAGCUUUAAGGUAUUUUUACUUACUGAACUCUGAACCGACGCAUUUGUACUUUUAUUUUCAGGUCAACUACCUCGACAUCAAAUAAAGCGCACCUCCCGCGACAAGCACUUUCAAACGUAUGCAUCCCCAUUUCCCACCAAUAUUGGCACCAUUUAAAAGCCCAGUUCUAAACUUCAUUUCAUUAAACUAAAGGUUUUUACCCCAAAAAUGUGUCUUUAGAAGGAUCCAGAGUCACUUCUUCAAAAAAUAGGUAGUUACACUUAAAACUGUUAAGUUGGGAUUAAUCGCUAUCCAUCUGUUAAAGAGGACACGUGAGGUCAUUAUUUGGUAUAUAACCAUAAAAAUUGGUCUAAUUAAAACACAAUAAAACAUAAGUGAGCCCAAAGUGAGGUCUUUUUUCAAGUCUCAUUUUUGGUAUAUACCUAUUAAUAAUUUAUUAUGAAAUUAAAUGUGUGUUUCUAUAAGGAUAUUUAUUGGGCUUUUAAAUAACACCAGUAUUGUUGGGGCACCAUGAUUGUGUCAGAAGAAAAUCUUUAAAGUUUGCGUAGCGGAAGGUGCGGUUUAUUUGAUGUUGAGUAUAGUUUUGCAUCACAUUGAUUCCAAGGUUGUCUGAUGAUAUACGUUGCAAAUAUUUAAAACAUGAAAUCAGACUGUUUUAAGUGCUUUAAAACGGUGGUCAUUAUUCUGUGUUUAUUACCUAACUAUUAUUACAUUGGGAUGUAAGAUUUCUCAUCACGUAAAAAGAUGUGAUAUCAGUGAGACGUCGUGCUUUUCAAUGAGUCGUAAUUUUCAAUUGGUAGUUUUCUAACUAAAAAGCUAAAAAAUAUCUUAGAAAACUGUAAUUAUUGUAACCUACUUUGCCCAACUUGAAAAAGGGUGAUAAUGUUUUUGUCUUCAAUAAAUGAAACGUACCUACUACUUGUACCUGACAAUACAAACACGAUACAUUAAUUAAUGUCUGCUCUACAAAGUUUAUCUCCUUACUGAAAUACUGAAAAAUAAUAAGGUUUUAUAGUUGUAAUUGUUUAUUUUUAAACUUUUUGUGUAAUUUUCUGAUGUAACAAUUCGUAAAAGGUUUCGUCUUUCCUAGUACCUACCUAAGUAUUUAUUAUUAUAAAAAUAUACGUUGAUAUAAUAUUCUCCCACCUCAUAAAUAUAAUGACAAUACAUACAAACUUUAUAUUUAGUUAUUUGUUAGUGUAACAUGCUACAUUUUUAAUUUGAGUAGUGUAAAAAUAUCACAUGCUCAAAACCGAUAAAAAUCAUCACAUUAUCAUCAUAUUUUUAGCACUAAGACAAUACAAAGAAAUUAAAGAACUAGUAAAAAAACAUGAAUAUUAUUACAAUCACCAUCAAAUAUUUGAUUUGUUUUGGUGCUAUUAUACCUACUUUCUUUUAGUACGCGUUUUGGCAUUAAAUUGUUUGCCAUAACUAAUAAUUUAUUAUGUAGGUACUUUGAAGUUUAAGUUUAGUUAAUAUUUUAAUAUUUAAUAAUAAGAUUUAGGCUAAGUGAUGACAGGGGUGUGGCUAACACAUUAUGUAUGUAUAGGGCUGGGCCUUUUCAAGGCGAAAGUAAAUAAUUACUUGCAGGGCAGAUAUGUACCAUCCUAGACUGCAUCUCACUUAACACCAGGUGCGAUUGCGGUCAAAUACCUGCCUUAUUAUGCGUAAAAAAGUAACUUUGAAAAAUACAUACACCACACUUAAACAAAGUAUUAAUUUGAAUUCCCUGAACUUUUUCAAAACCAAAAAAGUAUUAAAAUUUUAUAAAAGUUUUAAAUGAAAAGCCAUGCCGCGGUCAAAAGCUAGUCAUAGAUUAAUUAAUAUUAUUGUGAAGCUUUUAAGUCAACUGUAAGUUUAGACUCAUUCCUUUCAAAUUAACAAACGUUAAUUUAUUAAUUAAAUCGAUCAAGUAAUGUUAAGUAAGUAAUAAGGUUUUCAUUGUAAAGUUUAACAGUGUUACAUUAUAGAAGUUGUAAUAGAGUUUCUCAAAUAAAUUAUCUGUGUUCCGUAA